CAUAUAUGAAAAUUAAUAUAGUUUAUAUACUAUAUUUCUGCUAUUAUUUAUUUCAAGUGUGGGGAAAAUAUGAGAAGGAAACAGAAGAAAAAAAGUGAAGAGCGAGAGAGAAAGAGAGAUCUUUAUGAUUUUUUUUUUAAAGUUAAUUAUAUAGUAAUGCUAUUACUUAUGGAAACAGGAGGGGGAGAAGUUGUGAAUAUAUAUAGAUGACGUCACUAGGCGGUAGGGUAUAAGACGUGCAGAAGUCGAUAGUUAGUCGGCUUCUUCUGACGGUACUUUUCCCUGAUGGAACCUAACAAGAGUAUCGACUUUACUGACAAACCAACAUUUACAAAAUUCAAUCAAAUUCUACAUAUCUAUUAUUUACCUUUCGUUAUAGGUUUUGGAAUUUUUGGAAAUAUUCUUUCAAUAUUUAUUUUUCUACUUACUUCUCUUCGAAACUACUCUUCAAGCGUCUAUUUAAUCGCUUUAGCGUUCUCUGACAUAUUGUUCUUGGUAGUUUUAAUAUUAAGUUGGCUACAAUGGAUUUCUAUUAAUCCAGUUAGCAAUGUAGUGGCUUGCAGAAUCUUUUCAUACGUUUCUCACGUAUCAGCGGCUCUAUCUGUAUGGUUUGUACUUGCCGUGACCGUCGAAAGAUAUAUAGCCGUGUUUAUUCCUCUUCAUAAGAACGUUUGGUGUACAACGAAGAGAGCUAGUAAAGUUGUUCUGUGUAUCAUUAUCUUUGCCCUUUUGGCUUAUCUCAUUCAACCGAUUGCAACUAGUGUUCAACGCCGUUAUCUGACAAACAGCAGCACAAAUUUUACACUGACCUGUGAACCUCUAUUUGAUUGGCGUUACUCUCUUACAAUUUUUGCGAAUGUUGAUACAUUUUUUACUUUCAUAGCUCCAUGUCUUAUCAUCUUAUUAGCUAAUAUUCGAAUGAGCAUGAGAAUCUGGGAAUCGGUAAAAGCAAGGCAGGAUUUAACUGGUGAAACAGUACAAAUUCCAGAGUCGAGGAUAACUAUUGUCUUAUCCAUUAUCUCAAUGGCUUUUGUUCUCCUGAACGCUCCAGCACAUUGUUUUAAAGCAAAAGCUAUUAUCGAUGUUGUUGUCAAAGGCAAUAGUUCGCAAACUCAGCUUAUUCUCGAUUUACAAACUUUAGCAAAUAUCAUUUAUUACUCUAGUCAUUCUAUUAAUUUUGUUUUAUAUUUCUUCUGCGGUACUACAUUUCGACAGAACUUGAUCAAAUUUUGUAAAGAAUGGAGGAAAAAUGUUUCAGUUACUAGCCAAAGGACAACGGUGAGUACGAGAGCUAGAACUGUUGAAGGAGAAAUUGAAGCAGAACUUCAACUUUUAUAAAAAUGAUACAGUUGAAAAGAAAUAAGAAAAAAGACACUGAAAAGUAUUAAAUGUAUAAAUUAAAUAAUAAAGUAUUAUUCACUGGAAAGCUACGCAUUUAUUAACAAUUUUACUCAAAUUAAGCUUUUUAUCUAUUUAUUUCAUCUAUCAAUUUCUUCCGGAUUUUUUUAAAUUGGAAACUGAUAAAAAGAAAAGCAUAGUACUCAAGUUUUUCUACCCUCUAUCUUCCCUUUCUCAUACCAUUCCUAUUUGACCGCUGAUUCGAAGAAACAGUCGGAUUUGGCAGGUUCAAUUAAAAGAGAACAUGACUCGACUUGUGAGAAAUAAUUAUGGCCAAUUCUUUUUUAUCUUCUCCUUCCUAAAAGUUAUAGAAGGGAGAAAAAAUCGCUUCCGUCUUUACCAUUUUACUCUUCAAAAUGCUAGUCCUCCUGCAAUUGAAGAAAAUUUAAUAAUAAAAAAAAGAUAAAAAACUUUACUUGAACGCUUUUUAUAACUUUUUAUCAUUAAGAAUUAAUUCAAAUAUAUACAAUUGUAUAAGCGACUGUAUAAACGAAAGAAGAAACUUCUCUUCAAAAUCUUUCAUUAACUCUUUUCUCUCUCUCUCUCUCUCUCUCAUAUACACUAUCUUUCCUUCUUAAAUUUUCUCUCUUUUCAUCUCUGUAUAUUUCUUUUUUUCAAAAAUCUUCUUAUUGUCGUAAUACUCUUAGGAAACUACAGUUUGACCAUAUUCCUUGUUCGUGGAGUCUGUCAAGUGUCAUUUAUUAUCCACGUUUUACUUAAUUAGAUGCAUGGUAGACUAUUUUAUAAACUAUAUAUAUAUAUAUACUAUAUCUAUCUAUACUGUAUAUAGUACUAUAUAUGCUCUAGUUUUAUUCCUUUAUUUAUAUAAUGUUGUCUCAUUAAAGCUUUUGGCUUGGAAUAGCUUACUGCUCAUAUUUUUUGUAAAAGUUUUUAUAUUAUAUAAAUAAACAAUUUUUC